ACCCAUCCAUCUUUUUCUUUCCCAUCCUCUUUGCAUCCAUCCCCCUCCCUCUUCCCCUCCCCCUCCUCCUCCUCCUCCUCCUCCUUGUCUAUACCCUUCUUCGCACACUACUCUGAUCACCCCAUCUCCGGACACUCCAUCGCACACGCACACACUCACCCCCCCUCUUAAGGCCCGCCGAAAAACAGACCCCUUUUGCGAUGCAGCAGCAGGCCUUCAACCCAAAGGACUACCCCAUUGUCGUCGCCAUCGACUUUGGCACCACUUUUUCAGGAUGUGCCUAUGCCUACGCCCAGGAUGACAAGGAAGUGAUUGACAUCACCAGCUGGCCAAAGCAAAAUAUUCAGUAUCCAAAGACGCCGACACUCAACUUGUACAGAAAAGAUGAUCCCGAGAACAAGCUGGUCGCAUGGGGCUGGCGCGCCAAAAUGGAGACCCUCAAGCCCACCGCCCGACAUCACACAUUACUUUACCAAUAUAAGCUCCACCUCGACGAGAACCAGCAGAGCGCGCCCCUGGACGUCAACAUCACUGUCCUCGAAGCCAUCUCGCACUACCUUGACGCCUUCCACGAGUAUGUUGUUGGCGAGAUCAUGCGCGGCUUCGCCAAGAAUUUCCAGCGCGACCACUUCCGCUACUGUCUCACCGUCCCAGCAAUGUGGUCCGACAGGGCCAAGAACGUGAUGAGACAGGCCGCCGUCAAAGCCAAGCUGAUCAAGGAGACGGACCAUCCCGACCGACUCAUGUUGAUCUCGGAGCCCGAGGCCGCGGCGCUCUACUGUGAGCGUAAGUGUGACCAGUUCGAUCUCGGCAACGGCGACCGCUUCAUGAUUUGCGAUGCUGGUGGUGGAACGGUCGAUUUGAUCGUCUUCGAGAUCGCGGUCACCUCUGCAGGCCGCCGCCUGUCCGAGGUCACCAAGGGACACGGUGCCUCUUGCGGCUCUGUCUUCCUCGACAGACACAUGCGUCGACUCCUCGAGGAAAAGUUUGGACACCACGCCGCUAACUUCCCUGCCAAUAUCAUCCCCAACCUUGUCGACACGUUCGCGGAUGUGAUCAAGCCCCAGUUCGAUGGUCUCGAGGACCAGUUUUUGCAGCUCCCUGCCAACCGCUGCUUUGACGACUUGGAGGAUCCCGAGGCUGUGGGCAUCGACGACGGUUACUUGGUCCUGACCGCUGCGGAGCUCAAGGAGAACGUCUUCGAGCCAGUUGUCAAGGACGUGCUUUCGUUGAUCCAGGAACAGUUGACGCAGGCCAAGGACUGCGCUGCUAUCUUCUUGGUCGGAGGAUUCGGUUCAUCCAACUAUCUGUACAGCCGUGUCAAGGCCCAAUUUAGUAACCAGGUCGGUCUCAUCUCCAUCCCUCCUCGUCCUGAAUUGGCCGUGGUCCGUGGCGCUGUCUGCGUUGGAUUGAAUCCUCGCGUUGUCACAUCCCGCAUUGCCCGUCGAUGCUACGGUAUUUCAUCAGACCAGCCUUUCGAGAAGGGCAAGGAUCCCUUGGCGAAGCGCAAGUUCGAGGUCAACGGUGUCUGGUGCAUUGAUCGUUUCUCUCCCUAUGUCAGGAAGGGUCAGAAGCUGAAUGUUGAUGAGUGCAUUUCGAGAGAGUUCUCGUUCACAAAAUAUUCGGAAGCGCCUGAGGACUACAAUAUUGCGCUGUAUGCCGCCGACACUGAUGGUGACCCACCACGAUAUACCACUGACGCCGGUGUCUCCAAGCUGGCCGAUAUCCCUAUUCCAUGCCCACAUGCCCCCUCUGCCCGCCUAGGUUCUAUGGUCAAGGUCAAGGUGAACAUGAACUUUGGGUUGAACGAGAUCAAGGCAGAGGCAGUCGUUGGAGACAAGGUGUACAGUACUAUCCUGCAGUUCGAUGCUGUGGAUACAUAUUAGAAUGGCCUCAAGGGAGAAGCAUUCAGCACACGCGUAUAUAAAAAAAUUCAACAUAACAGGCCAAACAUACCUUUUUCUUUUGUUAAAUGCUCAAAAUAAAAUAUAUCUAGCUAUCUAUUCA